CUGUUUGUCUAAAUUUUCUAUAGAUGUCAGGAAGCAAGGUAUGAAAACAUAAAAAGAAAAAAAAAAAAAAAUUCACCCAUGUGUGCUUUGGCUAUCAGUCAGCAAAAGAAGGCCUUGAUAGAAAUACAGAGUAUUAUGUUCUCCCUAUCUUUUGUUUUCAUUCCCUCUCUUGUUAGUAAAAGAAUUCUCUAGACUUCAUAUUUGCCUUAUUUUCAUUAUCUGCCCAUUUUGAAGACACUAUUGAAUUGAAAAAUGCCAAAAACAAAAGAACAUGGUUUUAGAAAGUGAAAGUAGCAGCAGUCUUCAUGGCGACAGCAGAGGAGUCUACAUUUCAUUGACAUGACCUUUGUUCUUGGGAGGGGUCCAUAAUCAUAGGUAGAUACGUAACUACCAACUGACAGAUACAUGUGGAGGGAAAGAAAUAACUGCAGAAAAGUCUGAGAUGUAAAAAACGAUUUGGCAGAAUUUGGACACAAAUUCUACCAAAAAUUAUCCAUUAAUACUUCUGCAUAAUUAAGUAACUGGUCAAUGAAAGGGGAUAUAAACCAGGAAAAGGCUGUGAAAAGCAAGACACAUAAACUUAAGACUCCUCUGUGGUUAUGACAUGACUAGGAUAAAAAUCACAGGUCUAGAAAAGUUAGAGGAGUAGAAGGUUUGAAUCCCAUUUAAGUGAUUUAGCUUCUCAGGGAUUUUAUUCCUUUAUAUAAUGAUACAGCAUUUACUUCAGUGUUGUAAAUGCAAAUAGUUUACAUGUGUUAAGCUACAUAAAUAUAAGGGAUUGUCAACAGUGUUGCUGUUAGGAAUUUCUUUAGAAUACCUUGUCAUAUAAUGUCUUGGUUAACUGAAAACGUGAACUCUGAAGUCUUCAGACUGGAUUCAAAUUCUGGCUCCAUCACUAUGAAGCUGUAUGACUCCUGAUAAUAAGGUACUUAACUUCUGGAUGCCAAGUUUUUCAUCUGAAAGUGGGGAUCAUAAUAAUCUACUACAUAGGGUUGUGGUGAUAAGUAAAACAUGAAAAUGGCUUAAAAUAUGCCUAAGAUUGAACAAGCACUCAAUAAAUAUUAAUUGCUGUUACUGUUGUAUUAUUACUAGUAACAGGCAUAAACGAUCUAGAAGCUGGUUUCUUAAAUCAAGAAACAGUUACUUAUGUAGAAAUUUGGACAGAAAAGCUCUGUCUUAGGGUAUCCACUGCCAUCCUUCAAAAAUGGGAGACAGGUAUCAAGUUCUCAAGAGUGAAAAGGUAGCCUGUAACAGACCAGCGCAUUAGUAGAUCCAAUGGAGUGAACAUACCUUACCCCAUUCUACUGCUGCUACUCUUGUGGGAGGAAAGAGAAAAGAAAAAGUCUUGGCUCUUGAAGCUGUUUCCUCAGAAGAAUUCGUACUAUAAAGAACAAGUAUUUCUCAUCUGCUACAGCAAAAACAAAACAUUCCAAGCACAUAUUUUAGUGUACAUGCUGCUGCUAUAAAUAUUGACUAUGGGUCAGAGAAUCUGAUCUAGACCUGGUUCUAAUCCUGUGUGGCCUCAGCCUUCAACAUGCAUAGAGUACAGAGGGGUUCUUGAAUGAGAGGGUCUCUAAGGCAUUUUCCAACUUUGACAUUCAUAUUUAAUUACAGUUAUGUUUCUUUCCUUGCUAAUGGUAAUACAAAAUUACUAACACUUUACUAAAAUACAGUUCAGUAGGACUUUUAUUAGAAGAACAAACCUGCUGAAUCAUCUAUAAGCUACAGUACAUAUAAUUAUGGUUCAGGAAACAUAAGUACCCACAAUGACUGUGAGCAUUCUAUCAUUCUAAAACCUGUCACCAAUCCCAAAAGGAGAUGCUAUAAAAAUAAAAAAACACAAUGCUAAAACUAUCUGGGUUUAGAUUUGUCUGAAAUGUUUAACUUUCUCGAACAUUUUAAUGAAGACGGCAUAAUUUGUUACAGAGGACCAAUUUAAUUGGAAGUGUAUAGUAUGAAUCUAAAACUUUGGCUAGUAAGGUCACCUGGUAAUUUUAAUACUAGUUAGGCAAGAAUGUUUCAAUUAGUGCCUUACAAACACUAUGUACCAUUUUCAUAGUCUUAAGGUAGGGAGCUUUUAAAAGGCAAGAAAGCUGUCUUAUCAGGGUCUCAAAAGCCUAAACAGCACUAGCAGUGUACCUUUGGACAGAGUAACACUGACCAAAAUCUGCUCAAUAAACUGGGGACAAAAAGCAUGACAAUAAGGUGGCAGCUGGAAGAACUAUUUUCUGAAACCUAAUCUUUAAACAAAUGCCAAAGUACUACGACAUAAUAUUAAAUUUAAGAAAUUAAUAAAGUUCAUUCUAGCCUAAUUUAUCAACACCAAUAAGUAGUUUUCCUCCCUCUGAUAGUUUUUAAUAUUACUGACUUUAACAUAUGUUAAUAUGAACUCUUUCUGCUUUUUCCCUUCAUUUAUUUGUUUUUCAAAAGACAUCAUUUAUAACCUCGUUCAAAAUGAAGGCUUUUACCUGGACCCUAGGUGUGCUAUUCUUCUUGCUAGUGGAAGCUGGACACUGCAGAGGAGGACAAUUCAAAAUUAAAAAAAUAACCCAGAGAAGAUACCCUCGUGCCACAGACGGUAAAGAGGAAGUAAAGAAAUGUGCAUACACAUUCCUGGUACCUGAACAAAGAAUAACAGGGCCAAUCUGUGUCAACACCAAAGGGCAAGAUGCAAGUACCAUUAAAGACAUGAUCACCAGGAUGGACCUUGAAAACCUGAAGGAUGUGCUCUCCAGGCAGAAGCGGGAGAUAGAUGUUCUGCAACUGGUGGUGGAUGUAGAUGGAAACAUUGUGAAUGAGGUAAAGCUGCUGAGAAAGGAAAGCCGUAACAUGAACUCUCGUGUUACUCAACUCUACAUGCAACUAUUACAUGAGAUUAUCCGUAAAAGGGAUAAUUCACUUGAACUUUCCCAACUGGAAAACAAAAUCCUCAAUGUCACCACAGAAAUGUUGAAGAUGGCAACAAGAUACAGGGAACUAGAGGUGAAAUAUGCUUCCUUGACUGAUCUCGUCAAUAACCAAUCAGUGAUGAUCACUUUGUUGGAAGAACAGUGCUUGAGGAUAUUUUCCCGACAAGACACCCAUGUGUCUCCCCCUCUUGUCCAGGUGGUGCCACAACAUAUUCCUAACAGCCAUCAGUAUACUCCUGGUCUGCUGGGAGGUAACGAGAUUCAGAGGGAUCCAGGUUAUCCCAGAGAUUUAAUGCCACUACCUGAUCUGGCAACUUCUCCCACCAAAAGCCCUUUCAAGAUACCACCGGUAACUUUCAUCAAUGAAGGACCAUUCAAAGACUGUCAGCAAGCAAAAGAAGCUGGGCAUUCGGUCAGUGGGAUUUAUAUGAUUAAACCUGAAAACAGCAAUGGACCAAUGCAGCUAUGGUGUGAAAACAGUUUGGAUCCUGGAGGUUGGACUGUUAUUCAGAAAAGAACAGACGGCUCUGUCAACUUCUUCAGAAAUUGGGAAAAUUAUAAGAAAGGGUUUGGAAACAUUGGUGGAGAAUAUUGGCUUGGACUGGAAAAUAUCUAUAUGCUCAGCAAUCAAGAUAAUUACAAGUUAUUGAUUGAAUUAGAAGACUGGAGUGAUAAAAAAGUCUAUGCAGAAUACAGCAGCUUUCGUCUAGAACCUGAAAAUGAAUUCUAUAGACUGCGCCUGGGAACUUACCAGGGAAAUGCAGGGGAUUCUAUGAUGUGGCAUAAUGGUAAACAAUUCACCACACUGGACAGAGAUAAAGAUAUGUAUGCAGGAAACUGUGCUCACUUUCAUAAAGGAGGCUGGUGGUACAAUGCCUGUGCACAUUCUAACCUAAAUGGAGUAUGGUACAGAGGCGGCCAUUACAGAAGCAAGCACCAAGAUGGAAUUUUCUGGGCUGAAUACAGAGGAGGGUCAUACUCGUUGAGAGCAGUUCAGAUGAUGAUCAAGCCUAUUGACUGAAGAGAGACAGUCACCAAUUUAAAUGACAAACUUUGUACUUUCCAGUUCUUAAAAAUGUAAAUGUUACCUGUAUAUUACUUUGCACAAUUUAUUUCUACAUAUAAAGUUUUUCAAAUGAAUUUUACUGUAACUAUAAAAGGGGGACCUAUAAAUGUAGUUUCAUCUGCCACCAACUGCUGCAGAGAAUUAUGUGUAUCCAUAUACUAGUUAUUUUAAAAAUUAUGUUGACUAGUUUGUUUUCUAAACUGUAAAUAUUUGCCACAAUGUAAAACAAAUCUUAGCUAUAUUUUAAAUCACAACUAAAUAACAUGUUCAAGAUACUUAACAAUUUAUUUAAAAUCUAAGAUUGUUCUAACUUCUAGUAAAAUUUUUUUAAAAUUUCAGCCAAGUGAUGCAUUUUAUUUAUAAAAAUAUAGACAGAAAAUUAGAGAGAAACCUCUAGUUUUGCCAAGAGAAAAUACUUCUUCCAUUGAAUAAAAGCUAUUUCAAAUUGAAUCUGUGCCUUUUGCAUGUAAUGAUUAAAUCUGAAUUCUUAACAAUGUCUUAUGUUCAUUUUCCCAAAACAACACGACCCAUAGUAUUAAGUACCUAUCAUUUUUAAAAACAAAAAAACCCCAAAAAUAAUGCAUGCAUCAUUUAAAUGGCCAACUUAUAAAGACAAAUCUAUGAAUGAAUUUCUCAAUGUUAUUUUUGUAUGAUAUGCUGAACACCAAAAUCUCCAGAAAUGCAUUUUAUGUAGUUCUAAAAUCAACAAAAUAUUGGUAUUACAAAAACACAGAAUAUUUAGUGUGCUACAGAUCUAAAUUACAAUUAUAAAUUUAUUUAUUAUUACCUUUUUUUUUUUCUAAUUUACUGAUCUUACAAAGGGGAAAAAAACCCAAUAUGUCUGCAAUUCAAAUCAGAAAGUCUGGACAGCUUUACAAGCAUUAGUGCAUACUUAGAACAGGUGGGACUAAAACAAAUUCAAGGAACUGUUGGCUGUUUUCCCAAUACUGAGGAUUCAACAGCUACAGAGCAGAACCCAUAGGGGCGUAGCUAGUCCAAACUGCUAAUUCCAUUGUACAGUAUGUGUGAGUAAUGCUGGGUUUCGCAGUGUCUUUAACUUAUCUUUGCAGUCAACAACUUUACUAGAGACCUUCUGGAGCAAUUUCCUUCGAGAAAUAUAUUCACUGCUUAGAGGUAACCUUCCCUUAAUUCAUUGGCGAAGUUAAAAUUUUAAAGAUAGCUUAUGAAACUUUUGCUUAAGCAAAAAGAAAAUCUAGAAAUGUGUGAGGCAAACUAUGAAUGCGAAUGGUUUAAUGUGAAGACAAUCAUUUGGACAACUCAAGUCCGUCGACAUGACUAAUGUUUUUCAUCUGCCACAUCUCAACAUAAAACUUCUGGUGAGACAAAUUAAACAAAAUAUUCAAACCU